AUGGCUGGUAGAUUACCUGGUGUUGGAUUGUCACCAAGGAAAAAAUCAGAACAACAUCACAACAGACAUGAAAAUUAUGCUACCUAUAGAGACUCUUACCUAAGAAAAUCAUUGGAUUUGGAUGCACCAUGGACUUCAAUGACUACUACCUUAGAUGAAAAUGCUUUCAAAGCCAAACAAAGACUUGAGAAGAAACUUGGCUCCUUCUUUUCUUCUUCCAGGUCAAGUGAAGAAAAUCCUAAAGAAAGUAAAAGCAGAUUUCAGAUGAAAAAUGCAGGACUAGGUCGAAAACUACUAGAAAGUGCAUGGUUAUUACGUGGAAAUAGGUUUAAGAAAGAGAGAAAUGUUUGUGCUGUGUGCCUAGAAGAUUUCCAUCAAAAUGAAGAGGUUAUGAACCUUUCUUGCUCACAUAAGUAUCAUUCAGCAUGUCUUCUCCCUUGGCUUGAAAGACAUCCUCAUUGUCCUUAUUGUAGGACUGUUAUUGAGCCAAAGGAUUAUUAA